AUGGAGGGUGAAGAAGACAUCACGAUGACUCUACUGUUAUUCAUGGGCGAGGCACUCGCGAAGUAUGAGAAGGAGGUGGUCGACGCGCGCGAGGAGGUCUUUCAGCUCAUAAUCAAGGAGGAGUGGCGGAUCGCUAUGCGAUCGCAGCACUACCUCACCGUGAGCUGCCUCGACAAGCCCAACGAGUCCGCCUGGAUGUCCUUGUACACGUCGGGGAACGACAAAAAUUUUUUAAACGCAACGAGUCUAACAAGAGCUUCUUUCUCCCGGUUGCUACGACGGUUCGCGCGGUUCUACAAGAUCCUGCCGCCUUCAUCGCGCGGCCGCCCACCCAAGCUUCAGUAUCUUCACCAAGUCCUGGGUCUCGUCCUGUGCUACUACGUUGGAUCUAUGGAGAAUAGCACGCUCAGCAUGCUGUUUGGAAUGCCGCCGAGCACUUUGAAUCGAACGCUCAGGAAGGCUGAGGAGGCUUUGGCGGUGGCGUUGAGCGGAUUCAGUCCGGCCCGCAUCGCGUGGCCGUCCCCAUCCCGGCAAGUAGAGCUGGCACGUCUGGUUGAGGCUCGGGAGCCAUUGCUGAAAACAACCUUUGGCUUCAUUGACGGGAAAAAUCUGCGGGUGAUGCAGCCAUCGAACGCCGAUCUUCAAAAUGCCAUGUACAAUGGCUGGUUGCAUGCGGUCUUCGUCACAGGGACGAUCUGCUUUGCUGCAGAUGGUUGCAUCAUCUGGAGCCGGCACAACUGCCCGGGCUCGUGGAACGACGCUGACACUUCGCUCGGCUUCAGAACCAAGCUUCUUGAUCCUACAUUUUGCCCAGACCCACGAAUGAACGUCGUCUCCGACUCAGCAUUCCCAUGCUCGACGGAGAUGACGGGGCGCAUCUUGACGCCUCUCAAGGAAGGGGAUAUCGAGCGUAUCCAGCCUGGACUCCGAAGCGCAGCACGUACGCUGCACAAUGCAAUCAUCUCGGUGCGCCAGGCCGCGGAGUGGGGGAUGGGGAGUAUCCAGAAAGUCUAUAGUCGCCUCAACCUUCCGCUUCCCUACGAUCCCGAGCUCCGUGGUCUGCGCAUCAAUAACAUGUUCCGAAUCGUAAAUUACAGAGUGCGCACGGUUGGUAUCUCACAGAUACGUACUACGUUCAGUGGAGAGAUGGAAAUGCAUUUGACGACGCAGUAA